UAUUUUUAUACGUAAUAUAAAGGUUAACACACGUACAUCAUUAUCUGUUAAAUCAUAAAUUCGAUUGAAUAUGUGAAUUUCUUUAAUCACAAAUAUAAAAAAACUUUUCUUUAUUAAUUUUUUAAAUUAAAUGUAUAUUUAUCAGGCUAUUAUUUGAUAAAUCUUUUUCUAUGAUGAUGAUGAUUUAUUUGUCAAAGAAAUUUUAUAAUCGAAAUUAUUUUAUGAAUUUGUUAUCACGAUUUCAAUCUUAUGAUUUUAUUCAAAGUUAUGGAUAUGUUCAUGAUAUUACAUUGAUUGAAAGAGGCCCAAUUGCUGUUUUAAAAAAUAAAAUAGCAAAAGGAGAACUAAUGAAAGAUGAGUAUCAAAUGAAAGUUACUAAGACAUUGCAAAAUAUUUAUGAAGAAAUAAAUGGAUAUAAACCUGAAGAAUUUAGUUUAUUAGAUAAAUGGCUAGGUAGAAAAAGAAAACAACCACCAAAAGGUCUAUAUCUUUAUGGAGCAGUUGGUGGAGGUAAAACAAUGUUAAUGGAUCUUUUCUACCAAUGCUGCCAGAUCAAAAAUAAGAAAAGAGUUCAUUUUCAUUCUUUUAUGUUGGAUGUACAUAAUAAAGUACACGAAGUAAAAAAAAAUAUUGUACGAGAUGUUAGUAGUACAAAACUUCAACCAUUUGAUCCAAUACCACCAGUUGCAAGAAGUAUUACUGAAGAAGCUUGGUUACUUUGUUUUGAUGAAUUUCAGGUAACUGAUAUUGCGGAUGCUAUGAUAUUAAAACGAUUAUUUACUGAGCUUUUUAAUAACGGUGUAAUAGUUAUUGCAACUAGUAAUAGGGCACCCGAUGAUUUAUACAAAAAUGGAUUACAAAGAGGAAAUUUUAUUCCAUUUAUACAAGUCUUAAAAAAUUAUUGUAUUAUAAAUUCUUUAGAUUCAGGUAUAGAUUAUAGGUUGAAAACAGGUCUUGGAAAUGAAAAAAUUUAUUUCAUAAAAGGAAAAGAUGCAAUAAGUGAUGUAGAUAAAGUAUUUAAAUAUUUAUCAUCAAAAGAAAAUGAUGUUGUGAGAUCUCGAACAAUUUGUAUAAGAGGUCGUAAUGUUACCUUUAAAAAAACUUGUGGACAAAUAUUAGAUUCAACUUUUGAAGAAUUAUGUGAUAGACCACUUGGUGCUAGUGAUUAUUUAGAAUUAAGUCAAGCAUUUCACACAGUCAUUAUAAGAGAUGUACCACAACUAAAUUUUCGUCUUAAAUCACAAACUAGAAGAUUUAUUACAUUAAUUGAUACAUUAUAUGAUAAUAAGGUACGAGUUGUGAUAUCUGCAGCUGUACCACAUACAAAACUUUUUGUACCAGAAGGAAAUAAUGAAUAUACAGAUGAAAAACGAAUGUUAAUGGAUGAUUUAAAAAUAUCACAUGGUUCAGAUGACUACAAAUCUAAUCUUUUUACGGGAGAAGAAGAACUUUUUGCUUUUGAUCGUACUAUAUCACGACUUUCGGAAAUGCAAACUACACAGUAUUGGGAACAAUGGCAAUAUUAUAGAUAAUAAUAAUUUAAAUUAAUAAAAAUUUUAUUAGUCUGUUUGAUAAUAUUAUUAUUCAGAUAAUUAAAUUGCAAAAUUAUUGAUAAUAGAUAUUU